CUACGCUCAUUUCAGAAGUUUACUGUCACAUGAAAAUCGUAUGCUAUGUCCAACUCCCUACCAGACAAACACAGUGUUAUGAUUGCUUUGCGUCUUCGUAAACAGGCUGCGAAACAUCGUCGUGUGGAAAGUUUUUAUACUUUGCGUUGAUCAUCAGAGCAGAAAAUGUUUCACCUACUUGCCGAAGGUUGGCCAGAGAAUCUCAUGUGUGCUACUGCCUUUAGAGACUCGCACCCUAUAAUAUUGCCGCAAAAGUUUGAAUUUUAGGAAGUUUCAUUUUCCCGUAAGUCGAAAUAUAUGGUUAAAUGUGGUGUUAGUUUCGUGUUCUUUGUGCAUAUGCGGUGCCUCGAGUCCUCUUGGGAGAGUUCUGUGUUUAUUAAUUUUCUGAAAUACUAAGUGGAGAAAGUUGUUAUUGUAAUACAUAAAUAUAUCAACAAAACUGCAAGGCAUAUAAGAAGAACCUAUUAUUUCGUAGCCAACAGUAUUUUGCGGUUUAAUUAUAUUGUUAUUGCAAAUAAUCAACAACAAAAGAAAUGUAAGCGUCUUCAAAAAUUUUAUGAGUAUGCAGAUGUGUGGUGAAACGUAAACAUUUCUUUGUGUCAACGAAGUGCUCAUCGAAAUCAGCAUUAUAUGCUUUUGUGCGGUUGUUCUGAUAAUGAGAGAUAUCCAUGGAGCUACAAAAUUGUCUGACUGUUGCUGGAGUGGAAAAUGUGACAACUGCACAGGACCCUGUUGUCAUAUGCUUGCAACCAGAAGGUGAAGUGGAAUGGGCAUUGCCUGUAAUUACAGGUAGUCAACAGUUGGAUCAUGAAGUCGUUGCUCUGGUACAAGAGGAUGUUAAUGGCGAAUCUGUUAUGGGUGUCGGGCAGAUCCCAGCAGUUAACUGUGUUGAGGUGAUACCAGAUUUCCUGGGAUCAGUCAUACCCAGCUGCUCAGAGGAAGGGGAAAAGACAGUAUCAGCUAAUGCAGUGGCCUUUCAGGAAGAUGAUGGCCAAGUAUUUUACAUUACAUACACUUUGCCCGGCACUUCAGAAGUUGACCUCACAAGUGGUGAGCCUCCUGUGGAGGUUCAAGGAGAAACAGCUAAUGGUGAGAAGACGAAAGCACCACAUUCAGUCCUUCAUGUUGCUGAAGAUGGGAGCACAGUUUUCCUAAACGUUGGGCAUAUUAUAAACGAAGCCGAUACUGCACUAGACAGUGUGGGCCAAGUGGAAAUAAGCUCCAAUGCUGCAAAUGUUUGUGUCGAGCAAAUGCCAGAAUUAAUAUCUAAGCCCAGUAAGAAAAGAUUUCCAUCUACAAAACUCCAACAUAGUUUUGUUGGGAACAACCUUUGCAUUGAAGAUAAGUUGCAGAUUGUUGAUGCGAUGUUGACUCCAGCCCCAAAGCGAAUCUACAAGAAGAAGGACAAAGAGGAGGCAAGUGCCAAUGUUAAAGAAGUUGACUUGUCCUAUCUGUGCCAGUUUUGUGGUGCCUCUUUCCCAGAGAAGGAAGCAUAUUACAAUCACCUUAAUGAACACACUGAGGAACAAAAGCUGUCUUGUACAAAGUCUUCUGGGAGGCUGGGCCCAGCGACUUCAGGAGGAGACCAACAACGUGAAAUUGGCGGUCAUGUCGUGUUACGGCGAUAUGUUUGCCCUCAAUGCCCCACUGCCUUUAGCCGCCUUUCGCAGCUUGCAAAUCACCAGCAGCAUGCUCACUUUGGAGACAGGCCUCAUAAAUGUCAGAUCUGCAAGAAGAGCUUCUACAAACGAUCUGAUCUACGGAGUCAUCUAAACAUUCAUCUUGGCAUAAGCAAAUCCAUCUGUGAAAUCUGUGGCAGGAAGUUCAACCAUGUGUCUAAUCUAAUUAGACAUUCGCGGAUACAUACAGGCAUAAAACCAUAUCCAUGUUCCAUCUGUGGUCGAAGAUUUAGCCAGUUAAAUGGAAUGCAUCAGCAUAAAACAAUUCAUCAGGAAAGCAGAGAUAUCAGCUGCAGCUUAUGCCCGAAAACUUUUAAAUCGUACAAUGUUAUGCGUCGACAUGUGAGGUACUCCCAUGAAGACAAACUCGUCAGCAUGGGCAAAGAUGCAUAUUCAGCUCUGAAGUUGAAGGAUGGCACUCAUGUCAGAAGUUUUUACUGCAAAUUGUGUGGAGCUAGCUUUAAAUACGCAGCUCUUCUCAAGCACCAUGAAAGUAUCCAUGUGCAGGAGAAAGACUUUCAUUGUAAAUUUUGUAAGAAAGAUUUCCUGUGUGCAGAUGAUGUCAAAACGCAUUACUGUGGAGUGAAUGGUGACAAUACCAGCCCACAAAUAGAAUCAAAUGAUGACGUGGAGCACGAAGGCCAACUUAAUUCAAAUGGGAUAGAUGUGCCAUCUUCUAGAGACAUUAUUAUCUAUGUUACUGAGGAAGGUACAUCAGAUGUGAAACAGGUGCGUAUUAAAGAUACUGGUAUAGAUCAUGAAUAUGCUGAUAUAAUGACUCUUCCCCUGUCAGAGGAUGUUAGCUGUGUUGGGCAUGAUACUAGUUUUGCUGAUGGCGUUGUAAUUGUAUGCAAGUCAGAUGGGGAAGGUGUCCCUUGUGUACGUUUCUUGAUGGAGCCUUCCAAGGAUGAAAAACAGAAACAGAAACAUGAAAAUGGAGUGACCUUGGGAGAGGUUGCAUCUAACACUGAGGAGCAGCAGCAGCAGCAGCAGCAGGAACAAGAACAAGAACAACUAGAUCCAGAAAUUAUGAUAGUAGAAACUGAAAGGAAGCCAGAAGAAAGGGAAGGGUCAGAGAGUCAUGCUACAGAAAUUAGUAUGGUUCAAAGUAGUAAACUGGCAGAGGACAUCAGUGACCUGUUGACACUUGAUUCAUCUGAACAUGCAACUCAAGGGCAAGGGAAGAGCAAGGAUAAAACCAAGAAGAACAGAAAGAAGAAGAAACUGUUCAGUCAGUACUCCCAGAAGGUUACAGCUGCUAAGAGAAGAGCAAUUAAAGACUGUAUAAAUAUCAAUGACAUGGCAGAAAUUGUAGACGAAGAAGAUAAAAAUGGGAUAAAAACAAAGAGAAAGAUGUACAAAUGUCCAGAGUGCUUCAAAAAAUUUAACAAAAAUAGUAACUUCAAACAACAUUUAGGUGUUCAUUACAUGGAUUUUAUGAAACACUCUUGUCCAUCGUGUGGGCAGUGUUUUGCAUGGAAAUCAACUCUGAAUAAACACAUCCUAAAAAUGCAUAGUGAAGCCCCACAACCUAAAUCUAGCUGUGAAUUCUGUGGACGAGAGUAUCCAUUUGCUGUACAAGUACAGGAACAUAUAAAAAGGGACCAUUUGAAGCAACGGCCCCAUGUCUGCCCUACAUGCAACAAAACAUUUUACAAGAAGCAUGAUCUGAGUGUCCAUCGAAGGACCCACACCAAAGAGAAGCCAUACAUAUGUGGAACAUGCAGCAAGAGCUUUAGUCACCUCUCUCAUAUCAUUAGACACGAGAGAAUUCAUAAUGGUGUUCGACCAUAUAAAUGUCCUGACUGUGGACGUGAAUUCAUCCAGUCGACUUCUUUGAAAGCCCAUAGGCAGCGCCAUGUAGCAGCUGCUCAGAAGAGGGAACUUGGAGACUUCAACAGUGUCCAGGAAAUCAUGUCUGAAGAGUUUGAGGACAACAACAUUUCUGCAGUUCCUAGCUGACGAGAGGUUAUUCCCUCCAGACAAAACGUAUUUCUGCCUUAAACAGAACCUGCAGAACUGUUACAAAAAGCCACAGAGUGACUUGUUAGCUGUACAACAUCAAAGUGUCGUACUGUAAAUAGUGGCAUUCUGAAAAGACAGACAAGUGAAAUGUUGUCUUGCCAAGUGCUGACACACAAUAUCAUGACAAAAUUCUCUUUUGCGAUUCUCUUUUGUGAAUAAAAUUAUUUUGUCUAAA